AUGGCCGUCCUUCCGAAAUCUUCGUUCAUUCUACCAAGAGAGAAGAAGAUACCUGAGAAGAAAGAACCGACGAAAUGGGAGAAAUAUGCGGCAGAAAAGGGUUUAACCAAAAAGAAGAAAAGCAAAAAGGUGUUUGAUGAAGCAACGAAAGAAUGGAAGCCAACAUAUGGCUACAGAAGAGGAAAUGAUAAUACCAAGGAUUGGCUGAUAGAAAUUCCUGACAACGCUGACCCGAAUAAGGACUACUUCGCUGAGCGAGUUGAGAAGAAGAAGGAGCGAGUAGCGAAAAAUGAGACACAACGUUUGAAAAAUCUCGCUCGUCAGAUGGGUUCGAAAAUGAGAAAAGGACCAUCGAUUGACGCUAGUAUAGGUAUUGGUGUUGCACCGGAAGAGAAAUCCAAAGAGCAGCUUCGUUUUGCCGUUGAUCGCGCUAAGACAGCUACUGCAUCUGCUGGAAAAUUUCAACGUCUUGCUAAAGGAGAGAAGGAGAAUGUUAAAACUGGAAAGAAGCGGAAGUUCCUGCCAAAUGAAGCGGGUGGUGAGAAACAGCACGCACUGGAAAUUUGGGAGAAACUCAAGAAUAAAAAGGCAAAAAUUGUUGAGGAGAAGGCAGCUGCCGUUGCUGGACCAUCGAAACAGGAAAAGAAAGAGAAGAAGGGAAAUAAGCCUAUUCGGCAGAAGAGUCAGAUACAUCGACAGCAGUGGUUUAAGAACAAGAAGACCGAGAACAAAAAGAAGCGUGGUAAUGCAAGGAAGUCAAAU